GCCAGAGGGCGACUUACGGCGGCGGCCGAACGUGACGGACAGUAUAGCCUGCCCCCUUGACGCCGUGGCGGCUUCGGCACCGGCACUACCCUCUGACACAGGACCGGAGGAGAGGGCGAGGCUGUGCGGACGGCGGCGGCUGCGGCCCCAACGAGGAAGUUUUGUGGAGCAUCCUGGAGUCCACCAUGAAUGGACAGUUGGAUUUAAGUGGAAAGCUAAUUAUUAAAGCUCAGCUUGGGGAAGAUAUUCGAAGAAUUCCCAUUCAUAAUGAAGACAUUACCUAUGAUGAAUUAGUGUUGAUGAUGCAAAGAGUUUUCCGGGGAAAACUUCUGAGUAAUGAUGAAGUUACUAUAAAGUAUAAAGAUGAAGAUGGAGAUCUUAUAACAAUUUUCGAUAGUUCUGAUCUUUCAUUUGCAAUUCAGUGUAGCAGGAUAUUGAAACUAACACUGUUUGUUAAUGGGCAGCCAAGGCCUCUUGAAUCAAGUCAGGUAAAAUAUCUCCGUAGAGAACUGAUAGAACUUCGAAACAAAGUGAAUCGUCUCUUGGAUUGUUUAGAACCACCUGUUGAACCUGGACCUUCUACCAGUCUCCCUGAAAAUGAUACUGUGGAUAGUAGGGAAGAAAAACCCACUGCUUCUGAUUCUUCAGGCAAACAAUCUACCCAAGUGAUGGCAGCAAGUAUGUCUGCUUUUGAUCCAUUAAAAAAUCAAGACGAAAUCAACAAAAAUGUCAUGUCAGCAUUUGGUCUGACAGAUGAUCAGGUUUCAGGACCACCCAGUGCUCCUGCAGAAGAACGUUCUGGAACACCAGAUAGCAUUGCUUCCUCCUCAUCUGUAGCUCAUCCACCAGGUGUUCAGCCCCAACAGCCACCAUAUACAGGAGCUCAAACACAGGCAGGUCAGAUUGAAGGUCAGAUGUAUCAGCAAUACCAACAACAGGCCAGCUAUGGUACUCAGCAGCCACAGGCUCAGCCUCCACAACAGUAUGGUAUGCAGUAUUCAGGCUACAGUCAGCAGGCUGGACCCCAACCUCCUCAGCAGUUCCAAGGAUAUGCUCAGCAGCCAACUUCUCAGCCUCCAGCUCCUGGCUUUUCUGGACAGCCGCAACAACUUUCUGCUCAACCUCCUCAGCAGUACCAGGCGAGCAGUUACCCUGCACAGAAUUACACUACCCAAGCCUCUCAGCCUACCAGUUAUACCCCUGCCUCUCAACCUGGAAUGGCUCAAAGCCAGCCAGGUGCCUAUCAACCAAGACCGGGCUAUACUCCACCUCCCGGAAGUACUAUGACUCCUCCUCCAAGUGGGCCUAACCCUUAUGCACGCAACCGUCCUCCUUUUACUCAGGGUUAUACCCAGCCUGGACCUGGUUAUCGAUAGGGAAACUCAGCUGCUUAUUGAUUAUGUUACAGGUAAAUGCAGCUGUUAGCUACUUUCCAUCCCAACAGACUCAGUACUACUUUUAAUUUGUAUUAAAGUUCAGAAUCUCCCCUUCCCCCCAAAAAAGGCAGAGCAUUCUUUAUGGUAUCACUGUUGCUGUUAAUUGAAAGUAUAAUUUGCUGGAAUAAAAGACCAAAACAAAUCUUCGUUCCCCCAUGCUUUAAAUUGUAUCAGCUUCCUAGUUUUUUGUUGUUGUUUUUUUUAAAUUUUGAAACACUACCCCUGUGUGUGUGUAAAGUGAUUGAAUUCUAGCUUGCCUUGUCCAGAGGAUAUUAAAAUGCUAGGUUGGUUGAGAUUUAGCCAUAUUCUCUGGCUUGUUUUUACUAUUAACAUGAUGUACUAAAUUAGAUCCCUUUGAGAAAAAAAACAACUAGGUAUUAUGUAAAAAUAGUAACAUUGACAUUGAAUGGCUAAUAAAAUGAUCGAAUUCA